UCAUAUCAGCAGGUAAAAGACCGACGCAGAAGAAAGCAGUGAAAGCAAGCAGGAGCAUGGAGGAGGAAGAGACAUGCACAGCGAUUCCAACGCCUCGUUACUGCCGCAACCUCCACAGAAAACAGUGAGCUUUUGCUUUUAGGUAGGGGCAUUGUUUGUCCCUGCUCAAUCUGGGCUAGCCACUGUAGAGUCAUCAUCGACGCUGGUCCGCUGCUGCCAAGCCCUGCGCUUUAUUAUGCGCAGCGCACUCCACAGCUCCUGCUGCCAUUGUUGCGUUGCGCGCAGAGCAGAGCAGGAGUUAAAGGAGUUCACGCGCAGAGCAGCAGCUCCACUGUCGGUUUAGCUCCUACUCGUACAUUUGUUUGCAGCUCGCGGCUACAAGAAGCGAAGCGGCGGAUCUCCGUCGGCAACCAGUUUGAAGAUGGAGAUGGAGAUGCGGCGCUGCGGUGGUUUGGGUGUGCUCUGCCUCCUGUGCGCCGGCGUCUUGGCAGCGUGUUUGCUGCCGCAGCCCGCCGAUGGCAUGCAGUGGCAAGGCAAUCCCGGGCGGCACGACGGCACCCUCCCGCCGCCUCCCACCGCGGGGGCCGACCUGCCGCCCACCCACCCCGCCCCGCACUUCGGCUUCCCGCUGCAGCCCACGCUCGGCUCCGCCGCGCCGCCCCCCACCUUCGCCGCCGCCGGCGAGGGGUAUCCGUUCAUCGGCAGCAACCCGACGGUGCCGCUGCCCACCGGCAUGACGGACACCGCCACCGUGCUCCCGCUGCCCGACAAGGUGGUGGGGCUGGCAACGACCGUUCGUGUUCACGUCUCCAUGAUUGGCCUUGCGGUUAUCUUCGCCGUCGUCUUCUUGACCACGAGCUGCUGCUGCUGCUGCUAAUUGGUCCUAGAUCUAGUGCCGUCAAUUGUUGAAAUGACAUGAAUCAAUCUAGAGAUUUUUUUAGCUUUCACCUUCCUGUAAAUUUGUUCGCAUUAUGUUUACUUUGUCCGUUGCUAAUGGUCACAGUACCCCUUCCAAUUAUUUUUUUCA